CUGCUCUCCGCGUCGGCGUGCUUUUUUGUUUCAUGUGAUGUUGCUUAGCAGGGCACAGUCAGUUGCCACCCGUUCGCGGCGCGCGCGGAGGCUGGGCCGCUGGAGCUGAUGGUCGGCCUGUGCGCCCGGCGCGCAGCGUGGUGGUGGCUGCUGCUCCGGGAACAGGUCUUGGUGUUCUCCACCUCCUUCGGCGCCCUGCUGUGCCUCGCCUUCGACGCGGCGCAGCUGACGAGGGGCCUGCUGGGGCAGGGCAGGGCGAUCGACGAGACGGGGCCGCGGAUGCUGUCGACGUUCUUCCGGCUGGCCGUGAGCCCGAUGCUGCAGGCGCCGAAGCACUGGCAGCGCUUCGACCGCCUCUCCCUCGUGGUGCUACGAUGCGCUCUCGCGCUGCCCGCAGGCUCGCUCCUCGCGACCGUCGCCAUGGGCGGGCUCGCCUCGCUGGGGAGGUUCGCGCAGCGGUGCCACGAAGUGCGCGACGUCGAGCUCGAGCGGCUGCCCCCGCCCCCCCCUCUCGCGAGCAGCGGGCACGUCCGCACCCGCGCCCUCGCGGUCUGGACUCGGGGGCGCGAUGCCGCGGAGGCGCGGGCGCACGGAGGCGCUCCGCGCGGAGGCGCUCCGCGCGGGAGAGCCGCCCUGUGUCCACGGGGUCGCGGCCCAGGGGCCCGGCCCGCGAGGCCGACAUGUUUGUCGCCCAUAUGGCCCUCCCGCCCGCGAUCGGGUGUGCACGCCACCAUGUCUGACGGAAGGGCAGCAGAAGCAAGCAGAGGUACAAUGCCCAGAAAGAGGGCAGAGUAGUGUUCAGAGAGUGUUGCGUGGUUAUUUGGGGAGGGUACGAGGUGAAGAAGGAGGAAGAAGAGGAUGCAUCCUCUUGGAGGACAUGCCUGGCCUCCCGAAGGGCCUUCGGACCUCCUGGAGAGCCUGGUGAGCCUCCUUGCGAGUGCCAGCAUUUCGAUGAUGGUGACGUUCAUCCCUAAGGGUUCCAGAUUGCAGAAUUUCCAUGAUUACCGUGCCUUCCACGACCUUGCAAGUCAAAGGGUUGGAGGUGGCGAAUCGAUUGUAAUUGAGACUGCGUGUUCUUGGUGAUGGGUGUGCGGCGCGGCCUGCCAUUUCCUUCGAGGGGUUGUGUGGCAACCCCACAGCGGCGCAUCCUGCGCGCGAGCUCGCAAGCGGGCUGCGCUUCCGGUCAUCAUUUCCCAGCCAUCCUGUGUUGUCGUGUGCCCCCAUUGUUCUUCCCGCUGUGCCGAGAGUCUCCCCUCCCGCUGCCUCAUCUGCCCGCCGUUGCUGCUGCGCUGCCUGCUUCACCGCUGUCCCGCCGCUGCUGCCGUCCCUUGUCGAUCGGCUGCGCAGGGCGAGGGUAUCCUGCCCAUCCCCAUUCUCCUCCUCCGCCUCCUCCUCCUCUCCUCCUCAUCCACCUCCUCCUCCUCCUCCUCCUCCU